AUUGCGAUACGGGCACACUGCGAGAAGCUACUGAAUAUUUAUCUGAAAAGAAACUUAUUUAAAUCGUAACAAAAAAUGGCUUUUCGCAUACCUUUUGGCAAGAAGCACGCGGAAAUCGCGACAUCCUUCGUGCGCUCUGGUGCAGGAUUCGGUGGCGCCGCUGGCCUGGCUCUGCUCUACUACACGGACUGGAAACUGGUCCUGCAAUACAUGCCCAUAUACGGCUCCAAGUUCGAUAAGACCGAUUGAAGACAAACCACUGCUAAUAUUUCAACUAGUUAAAUAUGUUUGAUUGAUGUCAAUAAAAUUAGGUUCGAUUCAAA